AGAUAUUCGAGGUGAAAAUACACGUGUAAACCCUGGCGUUUACGGAAGAUGAAAGACAUCGACAUAGGAAAAGAGUACAUUAUACCCAGUCCUGGGUAUAGAAGUGUGAGGGAGAGAGCCAACUCGGUGCAGCAUGAAGAGCAGGAAGGGUCAAAAUUUCAGCAUACUAAACAUCAGAUUGAAUGCCAGGAUGCCUUGGAAGCAGCUGCUCGGGCAGAAGGCCUGCCACUGGACACCUCUGUGCAUUCCCAGCUGAGAAUGCUGGAUGAAGAGCAUCACAAGAGCAAAUACCACCAUGGCUUGAAUGUGCUGAAGCCCAUACGGACUACUUCCAAACACGCGCACCCUGUUGAUAAUGCUGGGCUUUUCUCCUGCAUGACCUUCUCCUGGCUCACUCCUUUGGCCCACAGAGCAUACAAGAAAGGGGAAUUGUUUAUGAAUGAUGUAUGGUCUUUAUCAAGUCAUGAGUCUUCAGAUGUCAAUUGUAGAAGGCUGGAGAGAUUGUGGCAGGAAGAACUGAAAGAAAGUGGGCCUGAUGAUGCUUCUCUCCGGAGGGUUGUGUGGAUUUUCUGCCGCACCAGGCUCAUCAUUUCCAUAGUGUGUCUGAUGAUCACGCAACUCGCGGGUUUUAGUGGACCAGCAUUUGUUGUGAAACAUCUUCUGGAGUAUACCCAACAGAGUGAGUCCAACCUGCAGUACAGCUUGUUCUUAGUUUUUGGCAUCUUUAUGACGGAAGUGGUACGAUCUUGGUCCCUUGCACUAACCUGGGCUUUGAAUUACCGCACGGGGGUUAGACUGCGUGGAGCUGUCUUGACAAUGGCAUUUAAGAAAAUUCUUAAGCUGAAGAACAUCAAAGAGAAGUCUCUUGGAGAGCUCAUAAAUGUGUGUUCCAAUGACGGUCAAAGGAUGUUUGAAGCUGCAGCAGUUGGCAGUUUGUUGGCUGGGGGCCCUAUUGUGGCCAUCUUAGGAAUGGUUUAUAAUGUGAUUAUUCUGGGUCCAACAGGCUUCUUGGGCUCUGCUGUCUUCAUCCUUUUCUACCCAGCAAUGAUGUUUGUUUCACGCCUCACAGCUUAUUUCAGAAGAAAAUGUGUAUCAACAACAGAUGAGCGUGUGCAGAAGAUGAAUGAAGUUCUUAAUUACAUUAAGUUCAUUAAAAUGUAUGCCUGGGUCAAACCAUUUUCUCAGAAUGUUCAAAAAAUUCGUGAGGAAGAACGUAAAAUCUUGGAGAGUGCGGGCUACUUCCAGAGCAUCACUGUGGGUGUGGCUCCCAUAGUUGUAGUCAUUGCCAGUGUGGUGACCUUUUCUGUCCACAUGAUCCUUGGCUACGAUCUUACAGCAGCUCAGGCAUUCACAGUGGUCACUGUCUUUAAUUCAAUGACUUUUGCUCUAAAAGUAACUCCUUUCUCAGUGAAGUCUCUGUCUGAGGCAUCUGUUUCUGUUGACAGAUUUAAGAGUUUAUUUCUAAUGGAAGAGGUUCAUAUGAUAAAGAAAAAACCAGCCAAUCCUCACACCGCGAUAGAGGUGAAAAAUGCUACCUUGGCUUGGGAAUUCUCCCACGCCAGCGUCCAGAGCUCACCAAAGUUGACCCCCAAAGUGAAAAAAGACAAGAAAGUCGCCAAGAGCAAGAAAGAGAAAAUGAAGCUACAGAAUGAGGGACAGCAAGCUGUGCUGGCAGAGCAGAAGGGCCAUCUUCUAGUGGACAGUGAUGACCAUCCUAGCCCCGAAGAGGAGAACAAAAUUAUCCACCUCGUUAACCUUCGGCUUCAGAGGACUCUGUACAACAUUGACUUGGAGAUAGAAAAGGGAAAACUUGUUGGAAUUUGUGGCAGUGUGGGGAGUGGAAAAACUUCACUUAUCUCAGCCAUUUUAGGACAGAUGACCCUGUUGGAGGGUAGCAUUGCAGUAAGUGGAAUGUUUGCAUAUGUGGCCCAGCAGGCCUGGAUUCUCAAUGCUACACUUCGGGACAACAUUCUUUUUGGCAAGGAAUAUGAUGAAGAAAGAUACAAUACGGUGUUGAAUGGUUGCUGUCUAAGGCCUGACCUAGCCAUCCUUCCAAAUGGGGACCUGACAGAGAUUGGUGAACGAGGGGCUAACCUGAGUGGAGGACAGCGUCAGAGAAUCAGUCUGGCUCGAGCCCUGUACAGUGACAGGGACAUUUACAUCCUUGAUGAUCCCCUUAGUGCCUUAGAUGCUCAUGUUGGAAAUCACAUUUUUAACAGUGCAAUAAGGAAGCACCUGAAGUCAAAGACUGUCCUUUUCAUCACUCAUCAGCUUCAGUAUCUUGUUGACUGUGAUGAAGUGAUCUUCAUGAAAGAAGGCUGCAUUACUGAGAGAGGAAGUCACGAGGAACUGAUGAAUUUAAAUGGGGACUAUGCAACUAUUUUUAAUAACCUACAGCUGGGAGAAACACCACAUAUUGAG